AUUUGCAAUAAAGUUUCUCAAUCUGGAGACUCGUUGAGCAACUUCAAAAUUGACAACAUGGCGGAAACAGAACAACAAUUACAUUCACUCAUCAACACAGCUAAAAGAUUGGAACAAUUUGUAGCAUCUUCAAAAAUAUGGACAAUGGGGAAAGCAGAUGACGUCAAACCCAAGAAACUUGAUCAGAAAUCAACUCAGACUAACAAUCAUACAGUUGGCAAACAAAAAGUUGAGAAGGUAAUUGACGAAAGUGCUCAUUUGGUAACUGUACCUGGAACUAACGAAGCUGCAAGUACUCUGCCAACUAGCAAUGCAAAUGUAGCAGAGAACAAAUCUCCUUUACAAGCUACGUCUCCAAUUGGCGAUGCUUUCAAUACUGAGCUUACCAGCGAUGCAAACGUAUCUCACACGACCGAGGUAAAACUACCGGAAAAUGAUCAAGUUACUUAUGCAAUAACUAAAAGAAGAGCAUACGAUCCUUUUCACGAUGAACCGAUAUGCAAAGUGCGCCCACAAUACACAAUGGGAAAGAAAAAUGAAGUCAACGAAGCAGAAUUUUCUUCCAAUGGCAACUCGCGUUCUUUACCCAACAACAAGAACGUCGAAGACAACAUCAAUGUGGAAAUGUCGUUCAAGGAAAUCUCACAAGCGGAAAAAGAGGUAACAGAGGACAAAUCUCCUUUGCCAUCGGCUUCUCCAAUUGGCGAUACUUCCAAUGCUGUGCUUACCUGCACUACAAAUGAAUCUCACGAUGAGAAAGUAGACGAGAAGAAAAUUAACGACACUCAUCAAGAUGAUGAGAAGCCAGAGUCCGAGGAGGAAACUCAAAAACUGGGCGAUAAAGAUGGCAAAGAUGAUUACGAAGUGAAUAUUGAAUUAAUACUUUCAUAA